AUGACUGUCAACAUCCUUGCUAUCUUCACCCCAAAGCCUGACCGUGUUGCCCGGCUCGAGGAGCUGGCCCGCGAGUGCGCUGCUCACGUCAAGGACAAUGAGCCCGGAACACUAAAGUACCAGUGGUUCAAGACUGGAACUAAGGAGCAGCCCAAGAUUGUCGUGUACGCUGACAAGGAUGCCCUGAAUGCUCAUGCGGUGGGACCCAAGCUCAAGUGGCUGCUUGAAGUUGAAAAGAAGGAGCAGAAUUUAGCUGCGCCCCUUGAGAUUCUGCCACUGGAGCAGAUUGCUGGCUUUGCGUCUCGGGACGGUGCCAAGAUUUGA